AUGGAUUCAAACAAAUCCAACAAGUCUAACAAGAUCAGAGAUAUUGUCAAGCUUCAACCGAUCCUCAAGAAAUGGAAAAAGCUUGCAAAUGCUACAAAAAACAGCUCUAAUUCUAUUUCUUCUGCUACUUCCAGCUGUAGUAUUAGCAGUACCAUUAGCAAUGGCAGUAAGAGAAUCAAAUUCCUGAAGAGAACACACUCCUUCUCAGAUGUUUCGGGGGCUUCCAAUGAUGUCGUGCCAAAAGGCUUUCUUGCCGUUUGUGUAGGGAAGGAGCUGAAGAGAUUCAUCAUCCCAACACACUACUUGGGUCACCUAGCAUUUGGGAUGUUACUGCGAGAAGCCGAAGAAGAAUUUGGCUUUCAGCAAGAAGGAGUGCUCAAGAUUCCCUCCCAAGUGUCUAUGUUUGAGAAAAUCUUGAAGGUGGUUGAAGAGAAAAGAGAGGCACUUUACCUGCAUGAUCAGCUUGGUUUCGAUGCAGACAAGGAAAAGAUUGGGUGCUACUCACCAGAUCAUUGUGAGCUUACACCUUCCCAGCAUCCUCAAAUGUGUAGAUGAUUUACUGAUCUUGAUUUUUCAUCAUUAUCACCAGAUCUUUUUCCUUUUCUUUUCCCUCGAUGUUGUGUGAAUGCAAUGUAAUGAGGAGACGAGAGA